AUGGCUCUGGCUCCCACAGACUUAUCAAUCAACAAUCGCACUAGUGAUACUGUCGAAACUUCGGAACCCUCCCUCGAUAGGAAGUUCAAAAUCUCGGAGCUCCCUCUCAGCGCAGCUCAGAAAUCAGCUAUUGAUGGUCUAGUCCAUACAGUAAAAAAAAAGGGUAUUUACGAUAAGCUCAGACAUCAAAUAUUUGCUCAAUACAACGACAGUUCAGACAAAAACACUUUCAUUGAUUCGUUGAAUAGCGUCGCUGAGGCUGAGGUUGAGCGCGACCCGUCUUGUCUAUCAAAAGAGAGGCGCAAAGCGGCCCUAUUAUUACAAGGUGCCGCAGAGCGAAGUGACAUAUAUCAGAAUGUGGAGCAAUCCUUAGAAACUUUAAUCACUCAACAGCUAGGUCAAAUUGAGGUGACGCUUAGGGAGGCUAGGCGCGCAGAAAUUGGGGAUGUUGCUGCCGCAGAGGAAGAGAGGCGAGGGCGAAAAAGUGAGCAAGAGUAUGCUAACGAAGCAGCACGACGUCAAUCAGAGAGAGCGAAAGUUCGGCAGCAGGAAGAGAAGAGGCGAAAGCGAGAGGAGCAAAAAGAGGCUCUGAGAUUAGAAGAGGCUAAAAAAAUGAAGGAACUCGAACGGCUACGUCAGGCAGAUGAGCGAAGAAAAGAGCGAGAAGCACGGAAAGCCGCAGCGCUGGAAGCUCAGGCGAAGCGAAAAGCGACUUUAGAUCAAAUUGCGGCAGAACAAGAGAGUGAGAGAAGAGAAAGAGAAAGAGAAAGAGAAAGAGAAAGGGAAAGGGAACAGGAAAGGGAACAGGAGAACCAAAGAGUCCAAGAGCCAGAUUCAUCUUCAGCUACGCCAGCCGCCAGGCUGCCCACGGAUCAAGAGCUUGAGGAAGCGGCACUUGAUCGCCUACUUCGAGAGGGAGCAGAGCUUGCAGCUAAAAGCAACAAGAAGGAACCAGAUACAUUAGAUGGAACUGCAGCACCAUCCCGCCCAGGCAGCUUCAGUAUCAAUAUUCCAAAGGGUCCAGCGUCUGAUCGUUAUAAGCAUAACGUAAGACCUGAGCAUGCAGGUCCUAAGCUUAGCUAUAGUAGCACACAUCGUGGUGCACAUGUUCCCACACUCAUGAACUCUGCUUCCCGCGAACGAAGCCGCAGCCCCUACCGCCGCGCUUCUCUGCAACUCUUUCCAUCAUCCUCCAUGUCGCUCGGGGAUCAGACUCCUCACCCCACCUCUACCCGCGACCGCGUCUCCUCCUGGACGGAAGAAGAUCCUAAGUCCGCCUUCAGAUCUCGCCAAGAAUCCUACGACGAAGAAUUCGACCGUAUCACUCACCGCCGCGACUCUACCAGCCACACCGCAGAACGUAAAAGUGGUCACCACGAACACAGUCAAUACCGUAACAAGGAACCUGAAAGCAGUGGUCGCCAUGAAGACGAAGGGAGAUCGAGCAGUCGAUACGGGGAGCGUGGGAGCACCACCAAUAAGAGUCGCGAGUACUUCGACGAGCACACUGGGCGGUCGAGGACGAGGAUUGAUGAUCCACCGGAGCACAUCGAUCGCUAUGUGCCUGGGAAAGGGACUGUGACUGGUAGGCCAAGGGAAAGGGACAGAGAUCGUGAGAGGGAUAGACAUCGUCGGAGUGGAUAUAACGAUCGUGAAAGAGAUAGAGACAGGGAGCGGGAUCGAGACAGAGACAGGGGUAGCGAGAAGAAAGGGGAGAAGGGUCGGGAUGAGUAUUAUCGAAAAGACAGGGAUCGGGAUCGGAAGAGAGACAAGGAUUAUGAGCGGCCUCAUCGUCCAAGGAGGGAUCCUGUACCGGAGAACAUUGAUCGGUAUGUGCCUGGUGCAUAG